AUGGGCCUCUAUCCGGUUCUCCCCCACGACGCAUUCCUGGGGACCAAGGCCAUUCGCAGCCGGUCCGUGAGCGUGGCCGCGUCUGAGGAGUUGCUCGGGCGCAGUCCUCGGCUGCCUUCUACUCGCUACGAAGAGACGUGUUGUGGCCGAAGCCGACCGCGAAGAAGCUGCUGCUCGCCUCUUCGAGAUUCCAUGGGGUCCACGGAAGCGAGUCCGGUGCGAUCGGACGCUGGGAAGGCCCGGUGGUCGAGCUCGUUCGGGGUCGGGAGGCCCUGCGAUCGGGUCGCGAAGGGGGAGUGGGUCUACUUGGUCCUGGCGCUGGGAGGGGCCGUGUUUACCUUGGCGCUCACGGUCGUGAGGUUUGCGACGCUGGAGAGGAGUAGCGACGAUUAUACGUUCGGGAUCGUCACGUUCGUGAACGCGGUUUUCUGCGUCUUCUUCGUCGUCGAUGGCGUGCGGAAGGAUGGUAGAUAUAACGCAGCCACCGGUGAUACCGAUAGCUGCCCCACCGUCACCGACGGGGGUACGCUUCGGUCAUCUGAGACCGUCUCGCAGCAGGGCGGCAACGACGACGACGACGACUACGAGACAACGACGGGGCGGGUGCCUGACCAUCUUCUUCUGCUUGCCGCUACCAUUCGCCCUCCUCCUAGGGUUUUCCUGCGCUUCAUGGUCGGGCGUCUCACGCAGGGUCUUCUCUCGUCGGACCCAGAGACAAUAGGUCUGAUGGGAAGGGAAUCCACUUCAGGCCCUGAUGUAGCUCAAGAGGUAAAGGUGGGGAAAGAAGCUAAAGUGAGCUAA